AUGGGUUUGCUCUGGUUCUUGCUGUUGGUGGCUCUGAAUGAUGUGAUGGGAACGUCAUGUGGUGGACCCCAGAAUGGUCAAAAGGAAGGUCUGUACAAAGGGGAUAAACGGCGUCAUAAAUUGGCCCGCUUCUUUAAAAUAUUGGACGCUGACAAUGACGGCUUCGUGGACAAACAUGAUUAUGUCAGCAGGUCUGUAGAAAGGGCCAGAGUGUAUUUUGGGGCGGAUAAGAUCAACGCUUUCAAUGAGACUCUCUCCAAAGCGUGGUCUUCCUUUUGGUCCGUCCCAGAAGACGACUUUCUGGAAAGAUUGGACGUGACUGACUUCAUUUUGAGCGACGUAGCACUAUAUAAUUCCAACAGAUAUCAGCCGAUGGUCAAACUUUGGGCAAAAGACGUAUUUCGAGCAGCAGAUGAAAACGAUGAUGAAGAGUUGAACGUCUUCGAGCACAAAGCCUUCCUUCAAGUAUUCAAUGUUCACCAAGGCUUCAAUGAUUCAUUCAGUUAUGACGACGAGAAUCAUAGUGGUAGCAUCGACAAAAACGAGUUCGUCACAGCCGUUCUCGAUUUUUUCUGCAACGGGUAUGACGAUUCUUUGUUUUUUGGUGAAUAA